GUUUGCAUAAGAGUGGAGCGUGCUACAGCUGAUAGUUGUGCCAUGGUUUGGGCAUGAGCAAAUUUCCACUUUUCUGGGAAGGUGCCGGAUUCGUAAGAUAUCUGGAAGAUAUGCCAAUCAACUGGAGCAAGCUGCGCUGCACACCUCUUCAAUACAACGGCAGGGAUCAAGUCCGGACCAAAAGCUUUGUUGAUGUCGAGCGACAAGGGGUCUUAUGCCGUAUAACCAGCGUCCAUGGUGCGGCUGGUGUAGGCAGUGCUGGCGGGACCCCUUCUUUUACCCAUGGUGGUCGAAAUGUUGUUCUGUGGGCAGGAUUUGAGGACUCCUUGCCUGCAGGCAUUGCUAGGCGUACACCCUGAAAUCACAAUAUUAUUAUGGGAGAAUUAGUGUUAAUCAGAGACACGAACUAUUCUGAAGCAAAAAUAAAGUCGGUCUAGUUUUGUAUAUAUCGUAGCUUCUUAGGGCUUCUUAGUUAAGAAACCGGUCACUUAGCUGUGUAGCGCUACUUAGACUAAUGACUUUAUAGGUGCACACCCCGUUUUUCUAUAAAGCUAAAUAAACUAGCCUUUUAUAAGA